ACUGCCAAAGGUGCAAUGAAUUUGGCCACAUACCGCAGGACUGUGAGGCGGGUAUAAGAAUGUGCGGGAACUGUUUAGAAUUUGGGCACAUCACCAAGGACUGUAAAAGUGAAAAAAAGUGCUCACUGUGCAAAGAACUCGGCCAUAUGUACAGGGAGUGCCCCGAAAGGGGAAUGGACUAUGCAGGCGCGGUGAAAGGUGGGAAACAACCGAGUGUGGAAGCGGGAGGUGAAGAGAGAGUUGCAGUUCAGAAAGAGAAAAAACAGGCAGCGGAGUUAAGCACCCAGGUGCGGGAAAUUAGGAGUGAGCAGCCGCAGAGUUUGGAAACUGAAGUGGAGGGGGAAGGGAAAGAAGAAAUGGCAGUGGAGCGGGAGGAAAGUGAGGUGUUGCAGGAAGAGAGUCUGAGCGGUGUUCCCUAUGUUGGAUUAACUCUGGGGGAUGAAUUUUGUUUGUCCGGUUUGAGUGUUUUUGAAAGGUUGAGCCGGGAUGCAGAAAGAGAGGACGACGAGAGAGCGGACAACAAGAGACACAAGCCGGACUCGGAUUGCGGAUCGUUGAGAGUGGUGGAGGAGAUGGAGGAUCAAGAAGAUACAGUGUCGGACAUUUCGGUGGAGGUGGUCGCAAGGAGGAAGGUGCCGGUGAGUGGGGAAAGGUUAAGUCAAACCCCAGAAAUGGAAAGGUACGGAGGGAAAAGUAAAGAUGAUGUAACCUGAUGGCGGGGAAAUUGAUCUCCUUAAAUGUGAGGAGUAUCAAAUCUAAAAUACGGAGGGCAGCGAUUUUUGACUUUUUGUCUUCCUUGGGUGCGGACUUUAUUGCUUUACAGGAAUGCGGCUUGAGCAAUGAAGAGGACUGCGAAUGCGCCAAAAAUGACUGGAAAGGGGGUAUUUCAUUUUGGUCCGGGAGUACUGAAAGUAAGAACUCCGGAGUUGGUUUCUUAUUUUGUAAAAAUGUUGGUGAUUUUGUAUCUUUUUUCGUAAUUGAACCUGGGAGGGCGAUUUUAGUUAAAGUUAAUUAUUGCGGAAGCAUUAUUAGGUUUGUGAAUGUGUAUGCCCCGGUAGAAAAGGAAGACAGAGCUGAGCUGCUUAAUAAGAUUUAUUAUUUUCUGCCAGGUGUAGAGCCAAUUAUAAUUUGUGGGGAUUUUAAUUGCAUUCUAAAGAGGGAAGACAGGAAAGGUCAAGCGGGGUUAGAUGUAACCUCGGGUAUCCUUAAAAAUUUAGUUUCCGAUUUUGUGCUACAGGAUCUGUGGGUUUUGAGUAAAAAACAAACAGAGGGUUUUACUUUUGAGAGUAAUAAAUGUAAAUCUAGGAUUGAUUUUGUUUUCGGAUCGUCAGAGUUUAUGACAAAAGAUUUUGUUUUAGUGGCAAAUGGUUUCUCAGACCAUAAAAUGCUGAUAGUAGAUUUUGUUUUGCGAGAUAAAAAUAUUAAGAAUAAAAAAAGGGAUUGGAAGUUAAACGCUGAUUUAUUGGAGGAUAGUGAUGUAGUUGAGGGUUUUAAGUUAAAAUAUGCGCAGUGGCAGAAACAAAAAAAGAAGUUUUCUUCCGUUAAAGUAUGGUGGGAAUGGUUAAAAAGGGAGGCUAAAAAUUUCUUUGUAAAUAUUGGCAUUAAAAUCAGUAAAAAGAAAAGAAGGGAGUAUAAUGAGUUAAAUGUUAAACUGCAAACGAUGAUAAGAUUGAGAGAAAGGGGUUUUGAUGUGGCGGAGGAGAUUAAUGACAUAAAACAGAAGAUUAAAAAAUGGAUUGAAAAUAGAGGGAGGGAAAUAAUUUUUAAUGCAAGGAUUAGAGAUAUUGAAGAAGGGGAAAAGUGUACAAGGUAUUUUUUUAAGAAAAUUUUAAGUAAAAAAGUGUUUAUAGACAAAAUGGAGAACGAAGAAUGUAUUGAGGGGAUUUUAAAAAAAGUAUAUGAAUUUUAUAAUAAUUUAUUUGCAGAAAAGGAUGCGAUGUAAAAAUAGUAGAGGAUUUUAUAUCAUUAAUUGAAAAGAGAAUUUCUGUAAAUGAUCAA